AUGAAUGAAUCAUUGUUGAGCACCGAUCGGUCGAUAUUGUUUACUUCUACUAUUGUUAAUCGAGCUACAACUAGUAGAAUACCAUAUCGUGAACAAGUUUUAAUUGACGCAUUCAAUACAUAUAUUCAAAUUGGUAUUGGAAGUCUACUAUUCCUAUUUGGUCUUACAUUUAAUUGUUUAAGUUUACUAUAUUUUCGAGCAUCACGAAGUUUUCGUCAUACAACAUUUCAACUUUAUUUUUCAAUUAUAGCCAUUCUCGAUACUAUACGAUUAUUAGAAUUUUUAAUAUUUAUUUUAUUUGAUAAAGGUUACUUAAGGGUAACGCUACCAUUAUGUCGUUGGAUAUUUUUUACUAUAAUGUUUACUGGACAGGCUAGUAUUUGGUUAACAGUUGCAUUGGCUGUAGAAAAAUGUAUUAUAAUAUGGUUUCCAAUAAAAGGUCGCUUAUGCUUUACAAUAUCAAUAUCAAAAAUAGUUCUUAUUAUUGUCCUUUGUCUUGUCUUUGCUGCCAAUCUUAUUUAUCUAUUACCGAAUUUUUUUCUACAUGCUUACGAAAAUCUUUCAAUACAUACAUUUAUGUGUAUAUGGCAUACUGGAGGUCAGUCAACGAGAAGUAGAUUCGAUCAAUGGAAAAAACAUUAUUUCACAUUUAAUACAAUAUUUUUCCAUUCGAUUAUACCAUCGAUUCUAUUACUUGUUAUUAAUUGGUUAAUUUUAUAUAGUUUAUCGCGACAACGUGUUAUUUUAUCAAAAAUUGGUUCGAUUGAUACACGGCAUGUUUUAAAAAGAGAAAAACAAUUCAAGGAAAAAACUAUACAACUUGUACUUUCAUCAUUUUUUGUUAUUUUUACAAUAUCUCCAAGAUAUAUUUUAACAAUGGUUAAUGCAUUUGCAACUAGCAUUAGUAAAGCACCAUUGAUGCCAUUAUACAUAUAUGUCAAUCUUAAUACUGUAUUUCGUGUUCUUGAAAUGAGUAAUUAUUCGCUUAAUCUUAUGUUUGCCAUCAUGAGCGGUCGAACAUCACGUUGUGAAAUACGAAAAUUACUUUGGGAAGGUUUAUUUUGGCGAUUUCAAAGAGUUAAGUCUCGUCGUCAAGGAUCAAAAAUGCAUACUCAUUCAUAUCUAUUCGAUGAUGAUGACGAAGAUACAGAACGUUCAGCAGGAACAGCAACAGGGGUUACAUCAUAUUGUCCAUUGGGAACUCAUGUACAAACUCGUUCGAAUUAUUUAACUCAGCCAAACAGCAGUAAUACUUAUCCAAGCAAAUCUUCACAAAAAUCCUCUCUUUUUAAUUGCUGUGGAUUUUCAAUUGACUUGUCACAUAAACAUUCAUUAUAUUCAUUAAAUGCUGAUAUAGCAUCGCGUCGUUCAACAAUUCGUAAAUCAAGUACAAAUACAACUAGUAAUAAUAAUACUAAUUACAAUACUUCACCUAGAAAAUCUCGCACUUAUUCUCAUUCAUCGAAAUCAUCGUCAUUUGAUCGUAAUUUACGACAGCAACAAACAGUUUGUUAUAAAUCAAACUUUGACAAUAAUCGAACAGCAACUUGUCGACGUGCUUCAGCAGCUGUAUAUUGUUUUCAACAUUUACCUUCAUCGACAGUCACAUCAAUGGCAAAUCAAUCAUUAGGAUUGGCUACAAAUUUACCAUCAGUUCGUCAAUCGAUAUCGAACGAAAAAAACUAUUCGUCUAUUGAAAUAUUACCACCGAUUAAUAGUUCCGAUGCAACUCCAACAACAAUAGAUGAAUAUAAUAAUAAUAACAAUAAUAGCAAUAUUAACCCAUUAAAAGACACAACAGAAUCUUCUGUACUUGUACAAAAUAAUGUCGAAGAACAACAAUUAACAGCAUAUGUUGUUGAAACAUGUUAA